AUGUCCCUGAUACGCCAGUCGCUCCCCACAAGCCUGCUCCCAGGCUGCGCUCUGCUCGCGGCCAUCACACCCGGCGCGGUCCAGCAGGCCAUCGCCGCUCUCCUAGGCCGUAUUCCCGGCCUCUCGGGGACAGAGGCUCUGGUCUUGUCCCUGAGCAAUAGAGGCAGGCUGAGAACGGCUCUUGGGGCUCUGGUUGUCUUCAACAUUGUACGAUGGCUCAACCGCAUACUGAACGGCCUCGCCACCAACUCCUGGCGUCUGGCCGCGCCUACUGAUUGGGACUGGCCUAACGAGAUCGCCGUUAUUACCGGCGGUGCGAGCGGCAUCGGCCAGGCCACUGCCGAGAAGCUGAUCGCAAAGGGUCUCCGCGUUGCCAUCCUCGAUGUCCAGGACAUCACUGGGUCCUUUCUGAAGGAGCACCCUCGCGCACGCUUCUACAAGUGCGACCUCACAAAGUCGGCCGAGGUCGCCGCCGCUGCCGAUGCCAUCCGCAAGGAGCUCGGCAACCCCUCCGUGUUGAUCAACAAUGCUGGCAUCUGCCGGCCAUGCAAGAUUCUCGACAUGACCGAGGAGCAGCUGCAUGCAACCUUUAACAUCAACACCAUCUCGCAUUGGUUCACCGUCCAGCAGUUCCUGCCAUGGAUGAUCCAGCAGAACAAGGGCCACGUCGUCACCAUCGCCAGCGGCGCGUCUUUCCUCUCUGUGCCCAAGGGCAGUGAUUACGCAGGGAGCAAAUCGUCCGCCCGCGCGUUCCACGAGACGCUGGGGACCGAGCUCAAGUAUUUCUACAAGGCGCCAAAGGUGCUCACCACAUCGGUCCACCCCGAGUUCGUUCGGACGCCCAUCAUCAAGGACUUCGAGGCUCAUCUUGACCAGGAGGGCACGCUUAUUCUUAGCGCUGAUGCUGUCGCUGACAGUAUCGUUGGGCGCGUUCUCAGCCGGAGGGGUGGCACGCUGGUGCUUCCUGAGAAUCAUUCGAUCGUCACUGGCUUCAGGGGGUGGCCGGGUUGGAUGCAGGAGAUUGUGCGGGAUAAGAUGGGCGCCCGUUCGGCGAGGAGAAAGUAA